GAUGCUGACUCUCGUCAUCCCGGGGAAAAACCUGGACGGUGGUUUUGGGGAUUUUUGACACAGACUAUAGCAUUUACUACUUGGUUUACAGAGGGAAACUGCGAAUUUAAAGAAGACACAAAGACAGAAACCUAGAGAGGAAAGUGGACAGAAAGCAAGCAAGCCAGUGCACAGUAAAAAAAGGCAGGGGGGGAGAACAACAACUUCCAGCCCCCGGCCGGCUGUGCGUGCGUGCGCGUGUGUGUGUGUCCUCGGAGCGGUCUGCGGGGAGCCGUGCAGCUGUUUGACACCACAAAAGAUGGAGUUCCCCGACGACUUCCUGCUGGCUGAGCUCGGUCACCUGCAGCUCUACAAUGACUCGCUCUUCCACGGCAACUUCACCUCCUACAACGACACGGACACCCUGCUCCCCACGGGGGUGAAGGUCACCAUCGUGGUUGUCUACAUGAUCGUCUGUGUCAUCGGCCUGGUGGGCAACUUCCUGGUCAUGUAUGUCAUCAUUAGAUACACUAAGAUGAAGACGGCCACCAACAUCUACAUCUUCAACCUGGCUCUGGCUGACUCUCUGUUCCUGGCUACUCUACCUUUCCAGGGCACCGACGUGUUCCUGGGCUUCUGGCCGUUCGGUAACGCUCUGUGCAAGGCGGUGGUGUCUAUCGACUACUACAACAUGUUCACCAGCACCUUCACCCUGACGGUGAUGAGCAUGGACAGGUACGUGGCCGUCUGCCACCCUGUCAAAGCGCUGGACAUGAGGACUCCUCACAAGGCCAAGGUGGUGAAUAUCUGUGUGUGGGUGUUGGCCUCGGCCUUUGGCGUCCCAGCCAUGGUCCUGGGAAAUGUGGAGGAGGAACAAGAGCAUAACAGUGUUGAAUGCAUCGUGGUUUUACCUGAGCCAAAGGAUAACUGGGAUCCUGUCUUUGGCACCGGUGUUUUCCUCUUUUCCUUCCUCAUCCCCGUGGCGAUCAUCAGCAUCUGCUACAGCCUGAUGGUCAAGCGCCUGCGCAACGUUCGCAUCCUCUCUGGCUCGAAGGAAAAAGACCGCAACCUGCGGCGCAUCACCAGGAUGGUCCUGGUGGUGGUGGCAGCAUUUGUCGUCUGUUGGACCCCCAUCCAGAUCAUGGUCCUGGCUCAGUCACUUGGCUUCAACAUGAGCAGCUUUUUCACGGUGGUCCUGAUGCACUUCUGCAUCGCGCUGGGCUAUGUCAACAGCAGCUUGAAUCCCGUGCUUUACGCCUUCCUGGAUGAGAAUUUCAAACGAUGCUUCCGCGAGUUCUGCAACCCAUCGCCAUUCCACCUUGACACCCAGCAGUCGGGCAGGAUGAGGAGCAUUGCUAGGGAGGUGGCAGCGGCUUACAGCUGCAAGGCUGAUGGUGGGGGGCAUGGAGGAGGGACCCCUAAUCCAGCAUGACUAGGCGUGGAGCUCCCCUUGGUAGGGGUAGACCCCCAACAGAGGAGAGAGAACCAGGGGACAGGGAACUCCAACACA